CAAUUACGUCAUGUCCCGCUAGACGCACUUGACGCUGGCCCUGAAAACCCUUGUAGACUGCGGUGGGAAAAGAAACGUAUGAGGAAGACGGGAUUUCUGUAACGGAAACAAAUCUAAUUCAGCUCCUGUUCUCUCGAAGGUGAUUGCUGAGAGAUGAAUCCAGACCAGCCACCCCCAUACCCAGGCCCGUCCGCUCCGGUCUACCCCGCCCAGGGCCAGCCUCCUCAGGGCUACCCGCCUCAGAGUUAUCCUCCGCAGGCGUACCCUGUAAACAUGCAGCAGCCUAAUCCAAAUUACCCAAACUACCCACCUGGACCAAUGGGAGCUGGAGGUCCCUAUCCAGGGCCAGGACAGCCGCCUUAUCAGGGAUAUGCUGGACAACCCCAAUACGGCUGGCAGGGUGGACCCCCACCUGGACCCAUGUAUGGAGAACCUCCUAAAAACACGGUGUACAUGGUGGAGGACAGAAGAAGAGACAACUCUUCGGAGACGUGCCUGACAGCCUGCUGGACAGCCCUGUGUUGCUGCUGUCUCUGGGACAUGCUGACAUAAUAUUUCUCUGCAACUUUAUUCCGCUCUCGAUUUUCUGUGUGCCUCAAAACACUCGCGUCCCUCCUCCCCGGUUGGCCUUAAAUUUUGUGUCCCUUCUUAAUCUUGCCUUCG